AUGUCAUCCAUCACCACAUCCCUCCCAGCAGGCGACAUACCGCAAUGGUGCAUCAUCCCCGCCCUACGACGCUCCUCUCUCUUCGGCCUCCGCUGUCCGCAGGCCUACCAACCCGACGCCCCCACCACCACCAUCGCAGCCGCUGACUUCCAAUCCAUCUGCUGCAACGGCGUCAUCGUCGACACCUCGCUAGACCUCUACACCAACAGCUCCUCACUCCCCACGCAGCCCGGCUGGAGCCUCUCCCCCGACGCCCCCGUGCGCCUCGCCGACCUGAUCUGCUGCGGCGUCUCCGGCACCCAGUCCGUGGCGCUCGACUUCACGCCGACCCCGCGCACCGCCUGCGCGGCGGGGGCCCAGGGCACGCCGCUCGCCAGCCUCGCGGCCACCAAUGCGUCGCGCGCGCUGCCGUACUCUGUCACCUAUGCGCCCGCGCCGCCGUCGAGUAGUAGUGAUCCUAGCGCUACCGUGACGAAUGAUCUCUGGGGGUGGCCGACUCCGACGUACGGCGCGAGCGGCACGCCUGUGUGCUUCCUUGCGAACACGGCUGCGAGCGGGGUUAGUUUGGCGGAGGUCACGGUGGCGGCUACGUAUGUUGCGCCGUCUAGCAGUAGCGGGAGUAGUGGUGGUGGCAGUUCAGCGACCGAAACAGGAUCAGGGCCAGGGUCAACCGCGACAGAGUCCAGCCCCAGCUCGCCAACUAAUACCGGAGGUGCAGCUGUAAAUGCGCCGCGCGGAAGUCGCUUAGGUUUAGCGUUGGGGCUGUUGACUUUGGGAUUCUUUCUUGUGUGA